AUGAAAGACAAGGACAUCGUCAAAAAGACGGAGAAGCGGUUUAACAACCGCAGUGGCAAGAUCUACGGAGGCUGCCGGAAGAGCUUGCGGUUGAUACGAGGCGCGCGGCUGUUCGGGAUUAAGCAUGCACCAAACGGCACCAUACGAGCUGAGGAGCCGGACGAUUUCGCCGCCCGGUGCCACGCUUACGUGGGUGUUGCAGCUCCCCCCGCGCGCACCACCCCACUCCCUCCUGCCAAUACCUCCGCCUGUCCUCCUGAGCCCUCCUCACCCUCCAACGCGCCUAUUGUUGUGAGGAUGCGGCAACCUCGCUCGGCGCCCUCUCCCCCGCGUGGAGGCAGCACCAUGGCGGAGGCGCAGCAGGGGGUGGUGGAGGAGGAGGAACCGUUGCAGGUGGAGCAGUGCGUGAUGGAGGUGCCGGUCAGCGCGUGGGGGCGCCUGGACUGGCGCUGCUGCUGGCAGCAGUGGGCGCACCGGCUGGCGAGCGAGGGGGGGGCGGGGGGAGCGGAGGUGGCGCGCAGAGUGGCUGGGUUCGCCCCGCAAUGGGCGCUCGUGGUGGACUGGUCCGCCGUGCCCGCCUUCCAGGCCAUUGCUGCUGCGCCCGUGUGGGCUGACACCGUGGGUGAGCAUGGUGGUGAGGGUGGCAGGGCCGGUGGCAGUGUGGUGGAUGGCAGAGGCGAGAGUGGGAGGUCAGGAGGGCAGGCAGCAGAGCAGCGCGAGCAGGCAGUCCCCAGGCGGCCGCGCAUGGCGUACCUCAACUUGCGUGUGUACUCGCUCUCGCGAUACCAGCCCACUGCUGCCACCACUGGCCCUGCUGCCGCCAGCAGUGCUGGGGAGAAGGGUGAGCGGGGGGCGGAGGAGGAGAUGGAGACGGAGGCGGAGGCGGGCAGGGAGCGGGCGUUUUACCGGGAGAAGGAGAGCGAGGCCGUUGCCAUGGCGGAUGUGGUCACUGCUCUCAGCUCACGGGAUGCGCGGUACCUGGCGGAGAGUCUGGGCGCGGGGCGCAAGGCAGGGGUGGAGCCACACGCACUGCUGCCGCCCCUCCGAGAAGACAUUCGCGUGCUGGCGGUGGGGCGAGAGAUGAGCGCGGGCUCAUGGCCAUCAGAUCGCCUCUACCUGGUGUGCUGUGUGCGCCUCUCCCCCGAGAAGAACGCCGCGCUGCUGCCGCCCUUGCUGCGCCUGCUGGCUCCACACCUGCCAGCGCUGGGCGUCACACCGCUGCUGUGCGCCGGCACUGCCGCCACACGCGGUGCCUUCGGGGAGGCCGUGCUGCAAGAGGUGCUGGCCGCUGCACCGGCUGCCGUGGUGGUGGAUGGCUUCAUGGGGCCCGACAGGAUGGCGCAGGUGUACUCGCAGACGCUGCUCAACAUCCACCCCUGCCAGUACGACGCAUACGGCAUGACGGUCGUCGAGGCAGCAGCCUUCGCUGCACCUUCCGUCAUCCACGUCGGCCCGGGCGGCGCCGUGGGAGCAGCCGAGCUCCUGCCGCCCGAAGAGCAGCUUUCACUGCCAGUGGACCUCUCUGCCGCCCUGCCAGCUGUCGCAGAGAGCAUCCUGGCGUUGCUGCGGGACAGACAGCAUCUGGCGCAGGUGGGGCUGGCGGCGAGGCGGCGUAGCUUGGAGUGGAGUGAGGAGGCCAGCGCACGUAGCCUCACUGCCAUGCUGCAGGGGGCGUCGUUCUAG